AUGGGAAGAACCGGCUGGGUGUUGCUUAUCCUACUGAGCACUGAAAUCAAGGACAUCCUAGGGUGCUUCUGUGAUAAUUAUCCCUGGAGUUCCUGGUCCAGCUGCUCAAAGACUUGCAAUUAUGGAACUCAAAGCAGAUCAAGAACCAGGGACUUCAAUGACUAUUAUUUCAAGAAUUCAUGUGGCUCGUUGUGUACAUGGAAAGAAUCUCGGGCAUGUAAUCAACAGGCAUGUCCAGUCAGCUGCCAGCUCAGUGACUGGGGAGCUUGGUCACAGUGUGAUCCAUGUGUUAAACAACAAAUACGGGUCAGGUCUCUGUUGCAUCCAUCUCAAUUCGGGGGGCAAGCCUGUGCUGAACAGAUGCAAGAUUUCCGGAAGUGCUUCCCAACAAAAUUAUGUAACAUAGAAGAAAUUAAUUGUGAGAAUAAAUUCCAGUGUGAAAAUGGACGCUGUGUUUCCAAAAAACUAGAAUGUAAUGGAGAAAACGAUUGUGGAGACAAUUCCGAUGAAAGGGAUUGUGGGAGAAUAAAGCCCGUCUGCAACAAACGAGCCAACCUCCUGCCCAGCAUUCAGCUUGUAGGCCUUGGAUAUCAUCUAAUGGCUGGAGAAACCCGAGGGGAAGUACUGGAUUAUUCCUUCAAUGGAGGGGCCUGUGUUCUGGUAAAGAGUGAAAGGAUUACAUAUCGUGUGCCUGCAAACCUGGAGGCUGUCAGUUUUGAGGUAAAAAAUGAAGAGGAUGAAUUGAAAACACAUUACUAUACCGACCUAAAACCCUUUGUCCAUAAUCAUGCAGAAAGUAGGCGUUCAGGGGGAAGCAGCAGAACAACUUCAGGAAUCCCGUAUUUUUUUGGAACAAUAGAAAACAGAGUAUCUGCAUCAUCUUCCUCCUUCCAUGAAGCAAUCAAAGCAUCUCAUACAAUGAACUCCAACUUCAUUAGGAUUUACAAGGUGGUUGCGGUGUCAAACUUCACAGUGAAGCCAUCAGACUUGCAGCUCUCUGGCGUGUUCUUAAAGGCCCUCAACAGCCUGCCUCUGGAAUACAACUAUGCCCUCUACAGCCGGAUAUUUGAUGACUUCGGGACUCAUUACUACACUUCUGGGUCAAUGGGGGGAAAAUAUGAUCUUCUUUAUCAGUUUAAUGAAGAACAAACAAAAAGAUCAGGCUUAACAGAAAAACAAAGGGAAGACUGUGUGUGGAUCGAGACAAACCGUUAUACAUUCUUCUUUCCUCGUUCAGAGUUUAACUAUCGUUGCUCCAGAAGUCAAAUUACAGAGCACUCUGAAGGUUCCGUUCUGAAGUCAUCUGAGCGGUCUAUUUCCCUGAUAAAGGGCGGACGAGCUCAGUACGCCGCAGCUUUAGCCUGGCAAAAGAAAGGAGCUUUCCCGGGACAAACUGUCUUUUCUGAUUGGUUGAACUCAGCCAAGGAAAAUCCGGUUGUGGUUAAGUUUGAGCUGGCCUCCAUUUUGGAUUUGGUGAAGAACAUUCCAUGUGCUGUGACAAAACGCAGACAUCUCCACAGAGCUCUUUCAGAAUAUAGGGAGAGGUAUGACCCAUGCCGGUGUUCUCCUUGUCCCAACAAUGGGCGACCUGUUUUGUCUGGAACGGAAUGCCUGUGCGUGUGUCAGGCUGGAACCUAUGGUGAUAACUGUGAGAUACGAGCACCAGAUUACACAUCAGUUGCAGUAGACGGUUACUGGAGCUGCUGGUCUGCCUGGAGUCCCUGCGAUGCCUCUUGGAAGAGACGAAGGAGUCGGCAGUGUAACAACCCCUCACCCCUGAAUGGAGGAAAGCCUUGUGAAGGUGAAGAGGAACAGGAAGAAGAAUGCUAUGUUUCAUUAUUUGCAGAUAGGGGGGCUCCAUGCAUAAAUGAUGAUGAAGGUCGAAGAGAGAUAGAAAUGUUCGAGCCUGAACCUGAGUCUGGAUGCCUGACUCCUGUACCACCAGAAAAUGGAUUCAUUCGGAAUGAGAAACCUUACUACUCAGUUGGAGAAGAGGCUGAAGUCGUCUGCCUGGAUGGACAUAAUCUCAAAGGAUACCCGUUCCUUAGGUGCCUCCCAGACAAAACGUGGAAUCAACAGGCUGUUGAAUGUGAAUCAUCAACUUGCCCCAGGCCAUUGGUGUCUGACGCCGUCUUGAUUUCCCCAUUUAAACUCCAAUACCAGAUUGGGGACACCAUCCAGAUGAGUUGCCCAGACGGUUUCAUUCUCAUGGGCCAAAAUAAAUACACCUGUGGGAAUGUCCUGUCCUGGACUCCUGCUAUUCUGGAACCUCUGUCUUGCAAGAAACGUCAGCAAAUCAGUUCCAAAGGCAACUGCAGGCUUGGACAGAAAGAGGUGGAAUCUCAGUGUGUGUGUAUGUCUCCUGAGGAAGACUGUGACCUCAACUCAGAAGAUAUCUGUUCACUGAAUGUCACAUCUGCUGAAGCCUUCACAAAAUCGGGCUGUCAGUAUCUGGCGGAGAAAUGCAGGGGUGAGGAUCGGCUUCACUUCCUCUAUCUCAGACCCUGCAACAAUGACACCAGUUUGAACUGGGCCAUUGAGAGGGCAAGUCUUUCAGCAAACAGCACAAGGAAAGAGCCCUGCGGUUACAACGAAUGCUAUGACUGGGAAACAUGUUCAGAACAUCAGUCAGCGUGUACCUGCCUGCUUCCAUACCAGUGCCCAAAGGAUCAAGGGCCUUUCUACUGUAUCCAGAUUGGAUCUGGGCAUCGGAAGAGGACAUCCACCCUCUGUGCAUGGGGGGCGAUGAAAUGUGGCAAGAUGAGGACAGAACUGUUAUAUCCUGGAAAGUGUUCACCUUAAAACAGGGCUGAAUGCAUUCACUCUUACAGAAGGAGACAAAUACAUUUCAGUAACAUC